UUUGGUAUUGGUUUUUCUCCUCAAAAUGCUUAACAGCCCCACGCGGUGGCAAAGGGAGGUGCCGGUGCCACAUGGCCCUCCCCUCUCUUCCUCGAUUGAUGCUGCUAGUACCAAAUUCUUGGUGGAGCUUGGUUAUUUGUGGAAGCAGUAUCAACGGGACAGGGGCACUGAUGGAAACAGUCAACCCUGCCCACUAACCAUAGCCAGUUUUUACCAUAGAGUCCAGAGCCCCAACUAACUGUUUUGCUAUCUCCGUCCAUCCGUGACAAAAUUACACACUUCAAAACAAGAGUCUGGCAUUGGUGAAAUUUGGGUAGUUCACUGAACUGAUGUAAGAGUUGGCUUUUCUCAUUUUGUCAGCUGCUUCAUCCAGUAGGUUGGUUUUGCCCUUUUCUUUUUCUUUGUUUUCCUUUGCUUUGGAUGGCGGGCCAAUUUCAAUGUUCAGGGUAAUGACAAAACUCAGGACAAAAAACUUGGUAAUGACAAGCUAACCAAUAUGAACGUCUUUCUUGUUAGUCCCACCAAAACUAUUCCAAACGGCGUCGUUUAGCUGUCUAUCAACUCCAUGAAUGAAGUAGUCAUUGUAAAAUUUUUUCUUGCCAAAAACAAGUCUCUUCUCGUCACCGUCACUGCAUUCUAAGAAAGGAAACCAAAAAAUAAAAUAAAAUAAAAAUCUCCAUUUCAAUUUCUUUCUCUACCUUCCUAGAGAAAGAUGGCGUCCCUUGAAGCGUACGGUAUGGCAGGUGAAGAAAUUCACGCUGCUUCGAAUAACCAUCCUUUUGAAGUCGACGACGAGAGCUACUCCAAUUACGGCUCUUACUCCAAUUUCACUGACAACCAGCAAUUCCCUGUGGAUGGGGGUGACGUGGUGGUGGAUCACGUAACUUCCUCUCCUGAUAUCUUCGGAUUCGGAUCCUCCGAUCCAACCCCUGCCGACUCGCAAUCUCCUUUCGCUGAUGGUGAUAACGGAACUGGAACCAAUGGAUUUGGUGCUGGAAACGAUCACGUCUUCGCUUCUGAUGGACCGGUGCUUCCUCCUCCUACUGAGAUGGAGUCAGAGGAAGGCAUCGUUCUUCGCGAAUGGCGGCGUCAAAAUGCCAUUCUGCUUGAGGAAAAGGAGAGGAAGGAGAAAGAGUUGAGGAAUCAGAUUAUUGAAGAAGCCGAGGAGUAUAAGCGAGCAUUCUAUGAGAAAAGGGAAAAAACAAUUGAGACCAACAAAACUAAUAACAAAGAGAGAGAAAAGCUGUACUUGGCUAACCAAGAGAAGUUCCAUAAGACUGCGGACAAACAGUACUGGACUGCGAUAGCAGAACUCAUUCCUUGUGAGGUCCCUAAUAUCGAGAAGAAAAGAGGCAAGAAGGACGAAGAGAAGAAGCCAUCAAUAACUGUAAUCCAGGGACCAAAGCCUGGAAAAUCGACUGAUCUUUCAAGAAUGAGACACAUUCUUGUGAAGUUGAAGCAUUCACCCCCACCUCACAUGAUUCCACCCCCUCAAGCAAAGGAUGCUAAAGAUGGAAAGGAUGGAAAAGAAGCUGAAAUCGGAAAAGUUGCUGCUUCAAAUGGAGCUGCAUCUGCAGAGAAAGGGGCAGCUGCAAAAGCUGCCACCGCAAAUGUUUCCGUGCCUGAACAAGAUGCUACUGCUGCUAAGGACCAACCUGCUGCAGAACCUGAGGCAACAUCAACAGCCUAAUUGCUUACAAUACAUUUACCAUGGUUUUUUUUUUUUUUUUUUGCUUGCCCCAUUCCUUCUGUUUUCCUCAAGAUUUUGAUUUUUUAUUGCAGUCCAUUUGGCCAUGGUAUUUUCUUCACAAUGGUCUAGUACCAUUAGUUCUACUGAAGCCUAAUUCUUAAUCGGGGUUUUAAACAAUUCAUGGGAUUGGGUAUCAAAUGUCAUCAUUUUAUUUCUGCUUACUGAAUCAACUUUGUGGACUUAUUGCGUUGCUUGGGCAAAGUAUCAAAAAUUGGUUGCAAGUGUGCAUAUCAGCCAAAAAUACAAUUUGUUAACCUGAAUUUAAA